AUGGUUGGAGUGGUGCUAAGCAUCCUGGUUCUUUGCCUGUCUGCACAUGCUCGAAAUGAGACUGAGCACAGGGAGCACAAACGCAAAUACACGGUUGGUGUCUUUCUUCGGAGCAAUUGGAGUUCGCUUCAUCGCCUGGCGCGAGAGAUCUCUGAUCCCAGGUCAGCUUCCUAUGGGAAAUAUCUGGACCAAACAGAGUUGGCCCAAAGAAUCGGUCUAAACGAAUCGGAAGCAGCUGCCCGUUCUUUGCAGAAGGCAUUGGUGCAGGCGCAGGCAGCAGAUCAAAAUCGACCUCACAUUGUGGCUCACAGAGAUGCAGUACUCAUGAGCGUCGAAGACUUUUUUGCCACCUACGAGCUGGGACCAGCAUUGACUGGAAACCUCUCACAUGCCUUUCCGCGCAGCGUUCACAUGUUAGUGACGCCACCGAUGCCAGAUGGUUUGUGCAGUAGCUUGGGUGAAGAGGAUUGCAAGAACAAGAAGCCGUGCAAGUGGCAUGAAAAGAAGAAUCGACUCCAGACGCAGCACCAUUGCAACGUUACAAAUCAUAGCAACUUUAGCAACGAGAGCAACUGUAGCAACUGUAGCAAUUGUAGCAAUGGCAAUCGCAAUCAUUCCAAGUGUGGAGGGGACUUUGCAGGAUGGAUUUGCUGGAGAGAGAUUGACUUUCCUGAUUCGCUUCGCCCGGAAGCGCAGUGGCACUGUUUCGAGCCUUCAGACUUCAAGAAUGUCAACUCCUCAAACGCCUCGGCACAAGACUCCGUGCGUUUGCGGCGCCGCAAGGGUGUCAACAUGCUUGCCUUGGCGCGUAAACGGCACAGAGACCGCUUCCACGCUGUUCCCAGAAGUGGUGGCUUCGCACUUCUCACCCGGAUGAACUUCAGUGAAUCUGAUUGGAGAAGCUUUGAGAUCACCUUCGUUCAAGAUGGCCUCACGCAGAAUCGCCUUCUUAGUCGAGCAGACUUCACACCACGCCAUGACUAUCACAUGGCAUCAGUAAGCUCAUUGAAGAAUCUGCGCCAUGUGAACGACAUUUUUGUGUGCUUCAACACAGCAAAUGACACAGUGAUUGCUCACCAGGCUCAAGGUCAACCAGGCUGCGACUGCAGGAACGGGACGGACCGCCUUGGAAGAGAGUGUGAAAGGAUUUGGGCACUCGGAGAUUUCCAAUCUGGCCACGUGCUACCAAGAGCUGUGCAAUCGCUGGACGCCCUGUAUGAAGAUUUGCAGGUGCUGCCCCGCGAACGAGGCCCGGGUGUGCAAGGAACGCAGGCUGUAGCUCAGUUCAAUGACGAGUCGUUCAUGCAAGAAGAUGUUGUGCACCUACACCGUGCCUAUGGAUUGUCCCACAGAACAGCCGUUAUUCAAGUCCACGCUGCUCGUGGCAAGAAGGACAACUCUGAUACAGGAGGUGAGGGAUCAUUAGAUUUGCAGACGAUUACUUCUCUUGCGCAAAGUGCUUCAACAACCUGGUGGGGUGUAGAUCCUUUUGUGAUUGAUGGCUUCAUGUUGGCUUACACCGUGGAUGUGAAUGAUCACCCAUCACCGCCACUGGUGCACUCAAUCAGUUGGGGUGAUGCCGAAGCCUUAUAUCCAGCUGCUUUGGUGGAACGUUUGGACUACGAGUUGAUGAAGUUCGCCCUUCGAGGCCUCACGGUCAUCGUCGCGAGUGGCGACAACGGCAACAGUGCCGUGGGCUCGGACUGCGAAUUCGUCCCCGACCUGGUGGGGACCUCUGAGUGGGUCACCUCCGUGGGAGCUACAAUGCCCUCAUUGGAUGCGAAGCCUUAUUGCAAAGCCUCCGAAUUCCAAAAGCACUUUGGCGAUUGUGAGGAAUUGGGGCAAGUCACUUGUUCCACCAAAGAUGGGGCUCUCAUCACCAGUUCGGGCUAUUUUAGCGUCUACCGAAGGAGGCCCAGCUAUCAAUACCAUGCCGUGGAAUCCUGGCGUCAGGCUUCCAACUGUCUUCCCGUCAGCAACUGCAGCCUUGAAGACUGCCCAGUCUGCCCAGUCCAUGCAGAUGAGCUGAACGUGAGCCAUGACACGAUGAAAUUAAACAAGCUCAUGAUCCCAUGCCAACACAUUGCUCCUACGGGAUGCUCACUGAAAGCACUCCUCAAGGACAGCAGGGCUGCGCCAGAUGUAGCACUACCGGGUCAGAGCUAUCCUGUGAUCGUGAACAAGAGUGUGAUGACUUUCGAUGGCACCUCCGCCUCCGCGCCGGCGUUGGCAGCGUUGAUCUCUCGUUGGAACGGCGAGCAGCUGCGGAACGGGCGGCCACCUUUGGGGCUUUUGAAUCCGUGGCUCUACCAGGUGCAUGCCUUGCAUCCGGAAGCUUUCCUGGAUGUGUCUGAGCUGCAAUGCUGUGCAACGCAAUGCAUCGGAGAGGGGCAGCUCUGUGUGGGCAUGUCACCUCAGAAUACCUCAGAACGGGAGAGCGAAGCAAAAGAAGCAGAAGUGACGGAGACCACCUUGGAGACGAUGUGCGCAGCUCGUGAUCAAUUUGAGCUGUUCUUCGUGAAAUCAGUGAAGCAGCUCAAGAAGUUCAAUGAGGACCCUGGGACAUUCAUCGGCGACAUCAGCUCCAGCACGGAUGUCACGCAAUCCAUCUUUGAGGUGAGAGGCCUUCUCUCCUUGCUGAAUGCUGCAGCCAGUCCGAGCAUUGAAAGCGCUGGGCAGACGGCUUUCGACUUCUUUCAUCUCCUCUUCCGGGACAAGAUCUUGGAUUUGACUGCGGCCUUUCCAGCAGAUGCCCGGAUCAUCGAUCCAGACACGAAGCAGGACAAGGGACUCUUUUGGUCUGGCCACAAGAGGUUUCCACAGUCCACAGCGUUCGAUGUGGAGAAAGAGACACACCGGCGCUUUUUGGCGGCCUCCACAGCCCUCUUCGCAGCGAUGCUGGGAGCCGUGCCACAAAAGCAGGAGGGCGACAACACCUGGUGCCAGGAUUUUAAGAGUAAAGCAUGGGCUGCAGCACUAGUCAAGAAGCUGAAAGUUCCUGAGUACGUCGCGGGUGGAGUGAACACCGAUGGUGAUGCCACAGCGAGCGGCGUCACUGCAGGGGUGAAAGCAGACUCCAAGGCGAUUCUCCAGGGGCUUUUGCAACAACUGCAGGGCUUUGCUGGGCAUGCUCUUCCUACGUUGGAAGAGGCUGAUUUCGAAAAGGACGAUGAUUUCAACUACCACAUCGACUUUAUUACUCAAUGCGCAAACCUCCGAGCCGACAACUACCACAUCACCAACUCGGAUUUUCAUAAGGUGAAGCUAGUGGCUGGGCGUAUCGUGCCAGCCAUUGCGACCACCACAGCUUCCGUGUGUGGUUUGGUGAUGUUGGAGCUCUUCAAACUGCUCCAAGGGAAGAAGACGGAGGGCUUUCGCACACGUCAGAUUGGUCUUGCAAUGAACACCUACACAUCCUUCGAAGCUCAGGAGCCGCGGUCAUUCUCCUCAGGUGUUGAAAAGAAAGUGCCACGAGCCGAAGAUUUACCACCCGAAGCCUUUGACGAUGCUGGGAAGAUAAAGGCGGAAUAUGUCAUUGAAGAGGCGUAUGCAUCAUAUCCUGAGAAGCACAGCGUUUGGGAUAAGAUCCACGUGCCCACAGGCACAAUGACUCUGGAGGGCUUCAAAGACUGGCUGGCCAAAGAGCACAAACUGCAGCUCCGGAACUGGAGCUUUGUUUUGGGCUGGAAGAGAGUUGUGGACGAGGAGAACAAAGAGAUGAAAGUCCCUUUCUCUUCGCAGAUAUUUCCUCCGCCAGUGUCCAUUGAUGCGAAGCUCUUGCCGCCUUUGACGGAUGGGCAGGCUGAUGCAAUGAAGAAGAUCAUGGCAUCAGCUGCAAUACCUCAAGCCCAAAAGAUGAAGUAUGUUGGAGAGUGGCAAAAGGCCAAGCAGUCCGGGAAGUUGCCCAACAACUCCAGCCAGGAGAUCAGACUAGACAUGUCCUUGAAGGACAUCCUCGCUUUAAUGGAGGUUAAAGCGGAGAAGGCACUUCAGGAUGGUUCCAUCAACCCCAAGUGGGGGAAGGCAAUCUCUGACUUAGCUGGUAGAAGGUUUUGGGUCAUCCCUUCAGAUCAAACACCAGACUGCGCGACGAUCGAUAAAGUGCCCCUGGACGUGCGCUACAUGGCUCGGAUUGAGGUGCCGUUGACAUGA